AUGUUUCCGGACUCACCAACAUCGACGUACAGCCUUAUUCUACUAUGUAUGGCAUUAUACCUCUUAAACUGGCUCAAAGAGCAUAAGGACCAACAGCACCGUUGCUCUCUUACUGGGGUGCAUUCAGGUUCUUCACCAAUUGCCAAGGGAUGCUCGCAGAGGGGAAUGAACUUCACUGCGCUGCUGCUGACAGAGAUUUGGCAGGUCGGUGGGAGCCCGUUCAGGAUAGCAACUCGCCGGUAUUGGCAUUACAUCGUCUCGGGCCCUAAGCUGAUUGAUGAGCUGCGUCAUGCACCGGACGACGAGCUGUCUUUCAUCGAAGCCGUAGCCGAGUCCUUCAAGCUCGAGUAUGCGAUAUACGUGGCCUGA